CAGCCGCGAGGAGCCGGGGUCCGGCGCAGGCGCAGAGCGCGACGAGGCGGCGGGAGAAGGUUCCAGAGAGACCGAGAGCAGCAGCAGCAGCAGCAGCAGCAGCAGCAGCAGCAUGAGCAAAGCACACCCCCCUGAGCUCAAAAAGUUCAUGGACAAGAAGCUGUCACUCAAACUGAAUGGUGGGAGGCAUGUACAAGGAAUUCUGCGUGGAUUCGAUCCCUUCAUGAAUCUUGUGGUGGAUGAGUCCGUCGAGAUGGCGCCUGGUGGACAGCAGAACAAUAUUGGUAUGGUGGUUAUUCGUGGGAACAGCAUUAUUAUGCUCGAAGCCUUAGAACGAGUCUAGUGAAGAUGGCAGUUAUUGCUGAAACCGUGGCAGAGUUGAAGAAUCGCGAGAACUGUUCCAAGCUGUUAGUUGUCUUGGGUUUUUGAGGUGAAAGGCAAUGUGUUCCAAGUUAAUAUGGAGCGACAUAGCUCCUUAGCGGAUGAUUUGGGGAUCUGAACGAUAUGAGCGUACUGUUUUUUUUUAAAAAUGUAUUUGUAUUCUACGAGUUGACCAUGCUUGAACACUGAUCUGCAAUAAAACAUUUGUAGCUUUUUGAAAAUAA